AUGGCCGAGCCUCAGGCGCAAAGCGUCGAGGGCGCCGCGCCGGCGCUACGUCUCGCCCGUCCGACGCUUCCACACCUCAACAAGUCGCUGCCAUCGCCUGGCGGUGCGUCUGACCUGCCCGAGCAGCCGCGCACGCCCGUGCUUCGCUUCGACGCGGCGCAGGGCACGCCGUCCGAGGGCAGCGAGACGAAUGCGCCUGUGCCGCGCCGGCCCUUCCAUCGCAGCUUGACGGCGCCGCUGAGCGCGCGGCUCGGCGCACUCAAGCAUCCGGGCGGAGGCGUGGGCUCUGAGCGGCGAUCGGAGCGGGCACGCGGCAAGCAGCCGGAGCGGGACCCUGCGGCAGGAGGCUCUGCCACCGGCCCGAGUCAGGGCAGCAGCACGCCUACGAACCGAGGCAGCGAGACCGGCGCAGCAGAGACUGGCGUGCCUCUGCCCGCCGUCGCUGCCGAGCAUGCUGCCUCGCCCGGCGCGCAGCCCGAUAAUUCCCUGCGGCACGCAAUGUCUGCGCCGGCUCAUCUCGGCACUGGCCAGCCGAGCACCAGCACCGACACCGAGCGCCUGACGACGAUGGCGAGCUACUCCAGUCUCGUUGCCGACACUCUGCAGCUGCCGAUCACGACGCUGCUGCAGGUCAUACCUCCGCACCUGCUCGAUCCCUCGCACGAGCGGCUCAGCGCCAUGAGCCUGCAGGUGCCUGUCGCCAGCGUGGAGGCGCUGCUGGAGGCGUGCCGCACCCUCAACUGGCUCUGCGCACGGAUGGGCGGGCCAGAUACGGGACCGAACGUCCGGGCUGAUGCGCUCUCCGGCGAGGCGCCCGGCGUCACUGCUGCUCAGAGCUUUGCUGGUGCCGCUGGCCUGGCGCAGCGCGCCGCUGUGGCUGCCGCGAACGUCGGCGGGGUUGCGCCGGAGGAAGUACCGAGUGCUACCGUCGAAGCGCAAGUCGCCAGCUCGAGCAGCGGCUCGCUGCAGCUCUCGAGCACCUCGCUGGCCUCGCUGAGUCUGCCGGCCGACUUUGACAUCCUCGAGAUGGGCCAGCGCGUCGCCGACGUCGUCUCGGGCCAGGCGGCAGAGAACGGGGUGCAUCUCGUCCUCUACCAGGGCGGGAAUGUGCUGGAGUCGACUGGCUCAGAGGCAGCCGCAGUGCGAGCAGGGAUGAGCGUGAGAGGCGACGAAGGGGCGGUGCGCUUCGCCAUGGUUCAUGUACUCUCUCGCACAAUAGCCUCCGCUCUCACUGGAGCCACGAUCGAGGUCGGCAUCCACAUCGACAGGGCCGAGUCGGCAGAGACGUCAGAUGGCAGCGAGACGCAUCGCUAUUCCCUGCAUGUGACGCUCAGCCAGCCGCAUGCUGCCGGCGCAACCUCGGCAUCGGCCACACUGCGCCACCCGCCGUCUGCACAGCUGCUGCACGACACCGGCGCUGGCGUCGAAGUCGAAGAGCUUCAGCUGGGCCCAGACGACGUCUUAUCAAGCAGGAUACGCCAAGUCAUCCGACUGCCUCUUGUCGCCGGUGCCGCACUCGUCGAAGCGGCGCAUCGAGAUUCGGCAGAGACUGAGGCUCGGCAGCGCUUUCUGCCAGCCCUUGAGCUGGCCGAGGAGCCGUCUGCCUCGGAGCUGGCGACCUUUGCCGCCAAGGAGCUCCGCGGCAAGAAGAUCGCACUGCACGCUUCUCCGACCAGUGUCUUUGCUCGGCACCUCUCCGAGACGCUCGCGAGCUUCGGCUGUGAGACUGCGCGGUUGCCACUGGAAGGGGCGCUCCACGACUCGGAAGAGCGGCUUUGGACGGGCCCGGGCUCUGGCGAGGAGACGAACGCGCCGCGGACAGCUAUCGCACUGUCCGGCAACAAGCCGAGCCUCGUGCACUAUCCCAGCGACGUCGGCAUGGGAUCGCAGAUCACAAGUGCGCCAGGCGGCCGCAGUGCCGCGCGCUCGGGGUCCGAGACCGCGGUGCUGGACCCGGUCACGGGCGUGCCCGUUGUGGUGCGCUCUGAUGCCGCGCCGAAGGGCGAUAGCGCAUCAGAAGGACCUAGCGCGCUAACAGCACCGCCGAUGACCCGCAGCGGCAGUCAGAUUGUGCCGUUCAGCUUCAUCAUGAUCGACGACGACAUCGACACGCUGCAGCGCGAGCUCCUGCGCAUGCGCUCUGCCAUCUCGCUGCUGCACUCCGCGAUGGACUCGAGUCAGCGCGGCGCAAGACCAGCACUCCGACGCGGCCCGCCGUCGUCGAACCGCCAGGUGAGGCGGCUCGUUGACGAGGACAUCGCCCUCAGCGGGCGGAAAGCAGAUGCCGCACCGGCGGCGGAGCGACCGAACGAGGACGAGGACGACUCGACGCAUGCGAUCAUCUACUUUACUAGCCUGCGCAACUUCCGCAUGGUGCGCGAUGCCAUCCAGCCCAUCGUCGAGUCCGCGUCGACGCAGGUGGCGCCGCUGCCCGAGGUCAUCGUUAUUCCGCAGCCUGCCGGCGUGCGGCGGCUGCUGACGGCGAUGCACACGGCAGUGUACAAGCCGCUCGUGGAUCCCUUCUUCUCGCCCAUCGCUACGAGCCCGCUGUCUCCAGUCACCGCCUCGCGCGCGGCGGGCGGUGCCGGCUGGCAGACGAGCGGAAUGCCCUCUCCGGGCAUGGUGCCUGGACGAUCGCUUGGCGCCGACGCACCGCACAUAGCGGCGCCGGCACCGCUCCGCAAGGGAUCGAAAUCGCCGGACCGCAAGCACGGUCUGCGUCUUGAGCUCCCUCCGCCGCCAACGAUGAUCAGUGCGCCUCUGCUUGCAGCAGCCCAGCAGGAGCCCACACCACGACAGGUCAAGCCCGCCGCCGCCGCCGCUGCCGCCACAGCUCCUGCUCCUGCUGAGCGCAAGCUGGCGUCUGCUCCGUCAGAUUCCGUCAGCCACGGCAGCCAGCCGGUCGCCUCGGAAGGCUCGCAGCCGGCCAGCAUGCCGGCUGUCGUCGCGCCUGGAGCUGCAUCCGCUGCUGGCGGGAUCGCCGCGGGCGCGCCGGCGAGCCCCAUGCCCUUCGACGCGCUCGGCUACUUCAGCGAGACAGCGGCACGCAUGGGCAGCCGCGGUGCGUCGGGCAUGGUGAUCCAGAGUCCCGACGGCCGGCCUGCCGGCAUCUUCUUCCAGCCUGCCACGACAUCCUCGCACGGUAGCCGCACGCCGGCCUCGCAGCGCAGAGGCAGCGGCGAGAACGUCAGCCAGGCCGGCGUGUCUUCCAACGGCGGUGGCGCGGCUUCAGAUGGCGGCAGGCGAAAGUCCGAGUCGAGACGAGGCACCGGCGAUGCCACCGACGUCACUGCGACACCCCGUACGACACGCGAGACACACGCGUCGUCUGGCCGAGGCUCUCGUCGGAAGACGCAGGGCGCCGGCACGGACGGCGGCGCGGCGGCGAGUGAUUGGGCCUACCCUGCUGGCAGCCUCUUCUCGCCGCAGGUCGGCAUCGAGAGUGUGCUGGCUGGCUCCAAGCCGCCGCUCGCGACCCCGCUCGACGAAGUCGCCCGCUCCAGCGCGGUGUGGGACCCCAAGCACGUCGGCAUCGUGCCGUCUUCGCGUCUCUCGGGGGCCUCUGCCAAGGCUCCAAGUGUGGCAGAGGCCGGCAGUGCGCCGCAGCCGAGCGUCCACGCAGCCGAGGCUGCCAGCAGUGCUCCUGCAUCGGCGCCGGCCCCGGCUCGCGAGGCCGCUCCGGAGCCCAAGUCGCCACCCAGGAUCAAGCUGCCGCGCCGCGAAGGCGUCAGCGUCGCCCCGCCGCGCAAGACUGCCAAGGCUACUGCCCCGCAGGCGACAUUAGCUGAGCCUGCAGGCCAGCAUGCUAAACUGUCGCCCACGUCGGCCACCUCGCCGGGCUCGCCGACACUGCCCCUGGAGGCGGCAGCGCACGCGCGGCAGUCCUUUGCGUUGCCAACGCAGCCCGUGCCUCGCAGGCCGUCCGCGCAGCCGCAGUCUGGUCUGCUGAUCGGAGCUGGCUUCGCGCCUACCGUGAAGAAGGGCGGUGGUCCAAAGCGGGCGCCCGUGCGCGAGAAGGUGCUGCCGCCCAUCAAAGUGCUGAUCGUCGAAGACAACCCCAUCAACUUGCGCAUUCUGACCAAGUUCAUGACACGCAAGGAGAUUGCCUUCGAUGUCGCGCGCGACGGUCGCGAGGCGGUGAACAAGUGGCAGAGCGGCGGCUUCCAUCUCAUUCUCAUGGACAUUCAGCUGCCCGUCAUGGAUGGCAUCGAGGCGACGAAAGAGAUCCGCAAGCUCGAGCGUGCCGAGAACAUCGGUGUGGUGCCGUCGACGCCGCCAGCGUCGCAGGCCGGCUCGCAGAGCAACCGCGAGCUCGACGCGCCGCCGCCGCUGAUUGCCACACCGAUGUCGCCGAACAUGGCGGCGCAGACGCCCUUCCGCGCCUCGGUCAUCAUCGUCGCCCUCACGGCCUCGGUGCUCAACUCGGACAGGGUCGCAGCGCUCGCGGCCGGCUGCAACGACUUCCUUAACAAGCCGGUCAACCUCAACUGGCUCGAGCGCAAGCUGUGGGAGUGGGGCAGCAUCCAGUACAUUGUGCUGUCUGGUCAGCUGCGCACCAGUGCUGCGCUGCCGCCCGGCGCUGCGGCACGCGGCCAGUCGGCGCUGGCGGCGGCGCGCGAGAGCAGCGAGGUGCGGCGAGGCUUUGGAUCGGGGCCCGAUGCGCUGGCGAAGCGCGUCGCCUCGUCGCUGCACAUCAACCGCCGCUCGUCGCCGGCGCUGCCCAGUCCGAAGAAGUCGGUCAAGCUGGCUGCAGCGGAGCCAGCUCCGGCUGCGGCGCCUGUCAUCAACGUCAAGGACAUCGACACGCAGCAGGUCUCCGAGGCCACGCCGACGGUCGCGUCCGUCCGACAGGGCUUGGCGGAACAGGCUGCGCUCGCCGUUACGGAGCCCGACGCUGUCGCGCCUGAGCUCGCUGAUGCUACUGCCGAGCCGUCUUCCGAGAGCUGA